CAUCUUCUCUCUAGGCAUAAAGCCAUUUCCUUUGUCCGGUGUGCCUUCCAGAUGUAUAUUUUCCUGGUGUUUGGUAUGGCAGAAUGUGUGCUGUUGGGUCUCAUGGCCUAUGACCGCUAUGUGGCAAUUUGCCACCCCUUACACUAUACCACCAUCAUGAACUGGCACUUCUGUAGCUAUACCGCAGGAGCUGCUUGGUUGAGUGGUUUCCUCAAUUCCCUCAUUGUCAAUGCUUUUGCUCUGCGCAUGCCAUACUGUACCCAGAAUCGCAUCAAUCAGUUCUUCUGUGAGGUACCGGCUGUGAUCAAGCUGGCAUCUACUGACUCCUCAGAGGCAGAGAUAGUUGUGUUUGUCUUUGGCUCCAUUCUGCUGCUGGUGCCUUUCAUCCUCAUCGGUGCCUCCUAUGCCCGCAUUGGGAUUGCGAUCUUGCGCAUUCGCUCAGCUGAGGGCCAACGCCGUGCUGUCUCGACCUGUGGUUCGCAUCUCCUGGUGGUGAGCCUUUUCUACGGCACAGCACUCUUUGCCUAUAUGAGGCCCAGCUCGGUCAGUUCUGCCACAGGCCAGGAUAAGGCUGUGUCUGUGUUCUACACGGUGGUCACCCCCAUGAUGAAUCCCCUCAUCUACAGCCUUAGAAACAAGGAGGUGAAGGGUGCUCUGAGAAAAUUAUUAAGCAAGAAAACAACUUCUCCAAACACGUGACUCUGGUGCUGUCUCCAGCUCUGUUCAGAAACGGAGGCUGAGAAUAAGGAUCAUAUCUGUAGUUUUAAUUCCUCCUAUCUAGAACCUGUAAGUUAUGGUGUAUACUGAGCUGGCUCAUGAAAUGGCCCAUAUGGAAAUAAAAAACAUAUUUGUUACAAAUUGAGACUAGAGCUAUUGGCUCCUCCAAGGCCCUCCAUC